AUGUCUCUCAUCCCACGUCUUUCCAGAACAUUCUCAACCUAUCCAAUCCGUCUCGCAGCUGCAGCCGCAUCCCCAGCCACCACCCCCUCUGUCUCUCCUCGAAAGUAUGUCCGUAAAACCAUUUCUCGAUCUAACACCGUCCCAAAAGAAGAUUUCCCUUUACCUCAAGAUACACCAAUCGAAGAUUAUGCUCAUCUUUCCGAAGUCAGUCCUCCUUUAAAUGUACUACCAGGAGAAGCAUAUGUACCAUUACCCACUAUGACCGAAGAUUAUAACUCUAAUCCUGUUCCAUCAUCUUUGGCUACAGUGGGACAACAGGUUGUAUCAGCUAUAAGUACAGGACUCGAUUGGAGUACUUCUUUUAGAGGUUUGAGUGAAAAACCUUUUCCUAAAGAAGUAGCGAAUGAAUUAUUGAAACCUUUACAUGUUGAUGAUGUUGAGGUCAAACCUGACGGCCUACUUUACCUCCCCGAAAUCAAAUAUCGUCGUACACUCAACGCAGCCUUCGGUCCUGGUGGUUGGGGUCUAGCUCCAAGGGGAGAAACAAACGUAGGACCUAGGAUAGUAUCGAGAGAAUGGGGUUUGGUAUGUUUAGGAAGAUUGGUAGCUAUAGCAAGAGGAGAACAAGAAUAUUUUGAUCCUUCUGGUAUACCUACUGCUACUGAAGCAUGUAAGAGUAAUGCUUUGAUGAGGUGUUGUAAAGAUUUAGGAAUCGCUAGUGAACUUUGGGACCCACGAUUCAUUCGUGAUUUUAAAACGAAACAUUGUGUGGAAGUUUUCGUAGAACAUGUCACUCAGAAAAAGAAACGUAAGUUGUGGAGAAAGAAAAACGCAAAAUUCGAAUAUCCAUACAAGGAAGCUUCAUAG